UUGGAUACACGAUUGUAACAUUGUUUCAGGUAAAGAAGGGGGAAACCAAGAGUUAUUUUGUUUGAUUCGACGAAAGUUGAAAAAAGAAAACAACGAAGCUCCGUUCCUUUUAUCUCCAGAGUUUUUCAUUUCACAUUCAAUGGAAAUCUUAGGAAAAACAUACUAAACAAAAAGGCAACAGAAAUUGUAGAACCAUGCCUUGGGGUAUCUAAGUUGAUUUUGGACAAGUGGAAGAUCGCCGUAAGUUGGUCGAAUGUUUUUGAAGAUGGAUGACGACAGUUCGAAGCCAAUGGUGAUGGUACAGAUUAGUGCCAUAAUCAAAAGAUUUAAGAUAGGAAAAUGGUCACUUUUGAUUACGGGAUCCUGACAAAUGGAGCAGCCAAGAUUUAUUUUUUAUUUUUCCGAUGUAACUUGCUUUUCUUUUAAACUUAUCUUAAUUAAAUGCACAUUUCUUUCUAUUUGCUGUUUUUUAAUGGAAUCUAGUUAAUUUCUGCAAUUAAUUCUGAUUCUUUUUUCCCGUUAAAUUGUCUGAUGGUGAUGAAUGAACAGCAAAUUUUGGGUUGGAAAUUCAUUGUCUUAAGUCAACUCUGGGUGCCUUUCUGCACCUACUAAUUACUAAAUAAUAAUACAUUUUAAAAAAUAGAUGACCCCGUUAAAGGUUUCAUUCAUCACAUGAAUCUUUAGCUUAAAAAAGUAUCCCUAUUGAAAAAAAAAAAAUCUCGUUUAUUGUUUUGUCCUUCUGUCUGAAUGUUUGUGACAGAGAGCGUGGGACCGUCUUCUCUGAACUGUUUUAAAGUCUCUCUUUUUUCUGCAAGAUUUCAAGCACAGCAAGGCAAUUUUAAAGAUUCCUUGAUCAUCUACUUUUAUUUAUUUUAGGCUCUAUUUUUUUACUCUCCAUUUUGACCUUUACAUAAGGCAAAUGAAGAUCUGAAAAAUGUUGAAGCUUUCCGUUUUCUUCGGUUGAACAAAAAGCUCAAAGCUCAAAGAUGAUGCUGCUUCUCUCUCCUCUGCGACUUCUGGAGAGGAAAAUCAAAUACCCAUUUUCCAUCGGAAGGUAAUUCGGCUGCUGAUUUCAUCAAGGUUGGAUUAUUCAAUCAAAUCUGGUGCCAUUUUUCUUGUUUUUGAGAAAUGGGAUUUUCGUAUUCAUCCUGUUUGAUUUGAAAUUACUUUAGUUUCUUAAACAACUUUGGUUUGGAUUUGGUGUAUUUACAGGCAUCAGUAAGGUGAAAGGGAAAAUUAUAUUUUGUGAAAGUGGAUUCAUAUAGCUGAAUGUUUCUGGUAGGAUUGAUUUGAUAAUUUAUUGGUUAUUAUGAGCACUAGAUUGUUGCAAAAAGAGAUAUAGAAAUGAAUGUGCAAUGCAGUAAGGAGUAUAUAUGCAUGAAUUUGAUUGCUGUCUUGUGGUGGUUCUUUUUAGUAAUUGGUUAAGGAGUAAAUCAGAUUAGUAGUGAUGGCAUCCAUUAGAAGAACACUGUCUCCGGUGCCUCGACAAGGGACUUUAAUUACCGGAGAGGCUGAGCGUUCAGUUCCUUCUCCUUUGUCCAAGUCUUCAUCAUGUAGCCAGAGUUCCCCAGCCACUGGUGGAUUGCUAUCUUCUCUUUUUGGUUUAUCGGAUUCUCAAGCUUUAGUUUUGGGAGUUUUCUCACCAAGAUCCUUUAGGCCUCUUGACAGGGCUAAACAGAAAGGACAAGUUUGGAGGAGGGUUGUUUUUCAAUUCUUCAUUUGUUUCAUAAUUGGUUUUCUUAUUGGAUUUACACCAUUCAUUUCCAUGGACUUUUCAUAUAUGAAUCCGAUUUCAAAGCAUCAGGCAUUUUCUUUUGAGGUAGUAUCAACUGCUGGGAAUUUUCAAUCACUCAACAAUUCACAAAGGAAUGUAGCAUCGACAAUGAACAACCUUGGGGUUGAAAAUAAUUUCACAUUAGAGGGAUUGGUGCAGAGACAGGAAAUGACAGAAGGGAAUUUAGGUGAUGCCUCAACUAAUCAAUCGGUCCCUCAAGAUAUAGAUCUGGAAUCUCGCAAGCUUUUGAUAAUUGUGACUCCAACAUAUGCUCGAUCGUUUCAGGCCUAUUAUCUAAAUCGUUUGGCGUACACAUUAAAGGUUGUCCAACCUCCACUAUUGUGGAUUGUUGUAGAGAUGACCUUACAAUCUGAUGAAACAGCUGACAUCCUAAGAAGGAGCGGUGUUAUGUAUAGGCAUCUUGUCUGCAAGAAAAAUCUGACUGAUAUAAAAGACAGAAGUGUUCACCAAAGAAAUGUGGCACUAUCUCACAUCGAAACUCAUCAUCUUGAUGGAAUUGUCUACUUUGCCAAUGAACAUAACAUCUACUCAAUUGAUCUCUUUGAGCAAAUGAGGCAUAUUAGGCAGUUUGGGACUUGGCCUGUGGCCAAACAAACAUCGGACAAAAGUAGAGCUGUAUUGGAAGGCCCUGUUUGUAAUGGAACUCAAGUCAUUGGAUGGCACCUAAAUGGAUUAAGCAAGCGAUUCCAAAGAUUCCAUGCUGAAAUGUCAGGGUUUGCCUUCAACAGUACCAUACUAUGGGAUCCAAAGCCAUGGCACCGACCUACUCUUGAACCGAUAAGACAGCUUGACACGGUCGAAGAUGGUUUCCAUGCAAGCUCAUUUAUUGAACGAGUUGUGCAAGAUGAAAGCCAGAUGGAAGGCUUACCACACGACUGCUCAAGAGUCAUGGUUUGGGAACUAAAUGUUGAAUCAUCUAAUUCUUUCUAUCCCAAAAAAUGGUCAAUGAAGAAUAAUUUAGACAUCAUUGCUCCACUUGCAUGAAACUCAAUAUGUCAAAGGAGUUAAUUUUGAUCAUCAAGAUGGCCAAGAAUUGUAUUUAACUGUCAUCGAAGGAGACUCGAAACCCAACUGAUACCUAAAUCAAGUGGAAGAGCAUUACCAAUCGUUGAUGUACUUACCUUGUAGCAGUAAAACAGAGUAAUCUGCAGACAAGUGUAAACAAAACCUUUGUAUGGUAUCUCGUUUUCCCGUUUCUGCAUUGCCCGUUGAGAGCAUUUCGUGAGGCUAGUUGGGAAGGAUGGUCAAAUGGAAAGCAUCCUUGUGUAAUGCUGACUGUAAUGUUGUUACUUUGACUCUCAUUCUCGUUUUAGCUAAUAGCUAUUCUUUGGGGGAGUAAAUUGAAAGCAAAUUUCGUCAAUCACAUUUUGUUACCUCCAUAUCUGUCUUUUUAGUACAAUGUUUCUUGCAUGUAUUUUAUAAUUAAUUUGUAAUGCAGCUUUGAAUUCAGCUGUAAA